UCUCAGCAAAUGUGUAUCGUCAAAAAAACUGUUAAAAUGGUGAUAUACGUAAACACACAAACGUCCUACUCUUUUUCUACUUGAACGCACCGGGACAGAGCUAUCAUGGCAUACGCAGGCGAGCCGUGUUAGUAAAACAGUACACUCGGCUAGCUUAGUAACUCUCAAUUACAACGAUACGUUCUGAUAAAGCGAGCCGCGGCGGACAGUAAGUUGAUCAUGUUUGCGUCUAUCAAGGUACUUCUUCGUUGUGGUAAUGUUCAGUUUCAUUGAGGGCCACCUGAAAUACAGCACUGCAAAGCAGGACACCGAACAGGAAGUGAGGUCACAUCCAGCGGGAGGAUGAUCACUUUCAUCCUGAUGGUGAACCGCCAGGGUCAGACCCGUCUAUGCAGGUACUACCAGCCGCUCAAGCUGAGCCAGCGCACUGCGCUGGAGACCGACGCGGUCCGCUGCUGUUUGAGCCGUGGGCGGGACCAGUGUUCCUUUGUGGAGUACAAGGACUUCAAACUGGUGUUCCGCCAGUACGCCGCCCUCUACAUUGUGGCAGGUGUCACCGACGACGAGAACGAGCUGUCCGUCUACGAGCUUCUGCAGAACUUUGUGGAAGUUCUGGAUAAAUACUUCAGCCGGGUGAGCGAACUGGACAUCAUGUUCAACCUGGACCGAGUCCACCUCAUCCUGGACGAGAUGGUCCAGAAUGGACACAUCGUGGAGACCAACAGGAGCAGUGUUCUGGCGCCGCUCACAGCUCUCGACAAGAUGGCGGACGGCUGACGUGCUUUUAUUUUGCAGUAGAGAUGGACCGACAUGUCUUAAUGUUGUGCUUAAUUAAGCAGCAAAAAACAUCAAACACCUUUAUUCCCAGAGUCUGAAUAAUUAAUAUAAUUAAUGUGAAAGUUCA